AUGUCAACCAAAAUUGAGGAAACUGCCGAGUAUGAAACUGGCGUCAAUGGGAACCCAAUCAACAACGCUACCCAAGCCAAUCCACCCGAUGAUGACGACGACGAUGACAUUCCAUCAUCUGGCAAGACUCAAAAGGAGAGAAGAAAGAUAGAGAUCAAGUUUAUCCAAGAUAAGAGCAGACGUCAUAUCACAUUUAGUAAGAGAAAAGCCGGUAUAAUGAAGAAAGCUUACGAAUUGAGUGUGUUGACAGGAACCCAAGUUCUUUUGUUGGUUGUUUCUGAAACUGGGUUAGUUUACACCUUCACCACGCCUAAAUUGCAACCAUUGGUUACCAAGCCAGAAGGUAAGAACUUGAUUCAAGCAUGUUUGAAUGCUCCAGAGGAAGGGCUUGGUGGCGACCAAGACCAAAGUGAUGGUGAGCAAGCUGACUCUCCUGAACAAAGCCCUGCACCUCCCGUGGCUCCACAACAACAACAACAACAACAACAACAACAGCAGCAGCCACAAGUUCAACAGCAACAUGCGCAAUUGCAACAACAGCAUGCAGCUGCUGCCGCUGCCGCCCAACAACACCAUCAGCAACAACAACAACAACAACCGCAGCCACCAAUACCUGGUGGAGGUCCUGGAGGUCCUGGAGGUCCACACGGUAUUCCUCAGUAUGGCGGUAAUCCAGGAGGUGCUCCUCCAGGACAACCGGGUCAACCGGGAGGUCAACCUGGUAAUUUGCCAUAUGGUGACUAUGCGUAUUUUUCAAACAUGCAAAAUAGCAACAUACCUAAUCAACAACAAUACCAAUAG